AUGCCUCCCUCUCCAUCCGUCGCAUCAACCUCCGCCCAUACUGGAAAUGGCCGAAAGAGACAAAAUAUAAUAUUCAUUCACCCUGAUCUCGGCAUUGGUGGUGCUGAACGUUUGAUCCUCGACGCCGCACUCUCCCUGCAAUCCCUCGGCCACAAGAUAACAAUCUACACCUCCCACCGCGAUAAGAGCCAUUGCUUCGAGGAGGCUCGCGAUGGAACGCUCGAUGUGCGCGUCCGCGGCGAUAAGCUGUUCCCAGCACACAUUAAAGGCCGGUUUCAUGUUCUGAUGGCGAUACUCAGACAACUAUGUCUAGUUUACUAUCUCACCGAGAGCGCGAGUGCGGACGAAGAGGAGGAUGAUAUAUUCAUUGUCGACCAAGUCCCCGCCUGCGUACCUGUCAUCAGAGCACUGAGAGAUAUAAUGAGCCGAAAGCCGACGAAGAAAAAACAGCGGACUCUAUUCUACUGCCAUUUCCCCGACCAGCUACUCGCGCGGCGUGAUGAAGGGGGCCCAAUUCUGAGCGCGUUCAAGGCAGUAUACCGCUUUCCCUUUGACUGGUUUGAGGGAUGGGCUAUGGAGUGUGCGGAUAGGAUUGUGGUUAAUUCUCGGUUUACCAAGGGGGUUGUAGAGAAGGUGUUCGGGAAUACCGAACGGGAUGUCAAGGUUGUUUAUCCUUGCGUUGACACAAAGAGGAAGGAGAUAGCUGGUGUGGACAAGGGUGAUGAUGAUGGCCUAUGGGGCGGGUUAAAGAUACUGUUAAGCAUUAAUCGGUUUGAGAGGAAGAAGAAUAUCGAAUUGGCGAUACGAGCCUACCAUGGGAUCAAAGAGGAGGACAGAAAUGGAACCAGACUAGUGAUUGCAGGCGGCUACGAUAAUCGAGUUUCUGAAAAUGUGCAAUAUCAUAAAGAGCUCGAUGCACUCGCGACCAGUCUAGGCUUCCGAACAGCUACAUCUCAAACCGUCGUUUCGGCUCUAUCUGUCCCAGGCUCGAUAAACGUCCUAUUCCUUCUCUCCGUCCCUUCUGCAUUUAAAGAAACUCUCCUCUCCUCUUCGAGCCUGCUACUCUAUACUCCGUCGUAUGAACACUUCGGUAUCGUCCCGGUGGAGGCAAUGCACACUGGUCUACCGGUACUCGCGGAUAACACUGGCGGUCCCUUGGAAACCAUUGUUGAAGGGAAGACAGGUUGGCUCAGGGCCUCGGGUGAGAUAUCCGGCUGGACAGAGGUGAUUAACCAUGUCUUGCAGCGAAUGACACAGGCAGAACGUCUCGAGAUGGGCAAAUAUGCGAAGGAGCGGGUUGAAAAGGAGUUUUCUCUCCACGCCAUGGGCGAAAGACUCCAAGAUCAGAUUGACGAGAUGCUCCAAGCCAAAGAUCGCGCGUUUAUGCCAUUUCAGGCAAUCCUCGUCCUUGGCCUGGCCCUCGGCGUGAUAUCGGCUUUGCUUAUUUGGCUGGUCGUUAAUACCAGCUCUGGUCUCGCGCGCAGUCCAUUGUAA